UGUCCCCGUGUCCGUGUGUCUGUCCCCCGUGUCCGUGUGUCUGUCCCCCGUGUCCCGCCGUCCCCUCCUCGCGCGGCUCCGUGGGCGGGGCGGGGUUUGUGGGCGUGGCCAGCGCGGGGCGUGGCCGGGGCGUGGCCGGGGCGUGGCCGCUCGGAGCCGCCGGAGCCGCCGGAGCCGCCGCGCCCGCGAUGGAGCCCAACAGCCCCCGCAAGAUCCAGUUCACGGUCCCGCUGCUGGAGCCGCACCUGGACCCGGAGGCGGCCGAGCAGAGAUCGACGAGGACCGGCUGCCCCAACCCCCUGCUGAAGUCCGGCCUGGCCAUGUCCCCCCGGCAGAGGAAGAAGGUUCCCCCGCAGCACCCCCACCAUGAAAGAGCUGCAGAUGAUGGUGGAGCAUCACCUGUGCAAGCAGGCGCAGGGGGAGGCGACAACGACGACGAGGUGGUGGCGGCCACCGCCCGCUGCCACGCGGUGACACCGAGCACCGCCACAGCCCCGGCGGCUCCUGCCCGCUGGCCCAGGGCGGCCACCGGACCCCCGGGGAUGGGACCCCCUCAGGCCGGGACCCCCCGAGCCGGGACCCCCGGGGCCGGGACACCCCGAGACGGGACCCCCGGGGCCGGGACCCCCCGAGACGGGACCCCCGGGGCCGGGACCCCCCCGAGACGGGACCCCCGGGGCCGCGCGGGCGCAGCCGGGACGAGGACGGGACCCCAUAUAGAGCCUGGGGACAGCGAGGGCCAGUAGGUGUGGCCGCGGGACCCGGACGCCAGCGGAGAUUUUUUUAUUCCAUUUUCUAAGAUUUUGGGGCUGCCCAGAAUUAUUUUGGGGUUUUGGUUUUGUUUUUUUUUUUGUUUUUUUACUGCCACGGGCAGGUCCCCACCCGGGGGGGGGUCUGGGGACAACGCCAGGGCUGUCCCCUCCCCCUGGGGACCUCAGGGCAGGUGACACUGGGGACACGGAGCAGACCCCCCCCCCCAAAAUCCUCACUGCCACCCUCGGGUCACCUGGACACGCGGACACGGGGAGGGGACACGGGGA